UGGUAUAAGUUAUUCCAAGAGAAAAUGUUAACGAUGAACCUCGCUCUGGACGCCCCAGCACGUCAAAAACCGACGAAAAUGUUCAGGAAGUGAAAGAAAUUGUAUUGAAAAAUCGUCGAAUCACGAUUAGAGAAAUAGCUGGGGUGCGUUCCGUAUGUCGGGAUGUUCGUUCGGACGAGGUGUGAUGUCACACACUGAGGUUGUCCAAGGUUGUCCCGUGAAACAGAACGAUUUUUGGACGCACUUGGACGUUUUAUAUAAUACAAAAAACAUGGAAUACACACUAAUAACUGAGCCUAACGGAAAUAUUAUAACAGAUUCAUCAGGAAAUAUCUUAAUUAAUCAAAAACCUGAGAAUAUAUUAAUGUAUAUUAAUUCUUCCCAAGCUGCUUCAUUAUUUCCAAAUAAAGGAAUUCAAACUCAAGGUGCUCAAACCGAGGUCUUGCAAUCUGACUUUACAGAUAGUGAACAAGAAAAUUUGAUUCCAAGCAGAACUUCUUGGAAUCGAAAUGAAAUUAUUGAGCUAAUAGACUUAUAUAAGUCUCAUGAGCGCUUAUUUAAAAGCACGACAAUAAAAAAGGAUAAAGUGUGGGAUAUGAUAGCUAAAAAGUUACCUACGCAUACAACUGAACAAAUAAAAAACAAAUUUAAAUAUCUGAAGCAAAAGUAUCUGGAAAAGAAAGACAAUAUGGGUCAAAAGAGCAGUGGAGCAGGUGCAAUUAAAUUUGAAUACUUCUUCGAAAUGGAUGAAAUAUUUGGACAGGAUCCUGACGUGCAGCCAGUAUCAGUUGCAUCUUCUUCACGAGGAAUUCAAUAUGCUUCCACGUCAUUGGUUGAAACUAAAGAAAAUUCAUCCAGCAACGAUGAAGAAAUUACGAAGAAAAAUGACAAGUUAAAAAUAAGAAAAAAAAGUAAAUUAGAAAAGCAACUAAGUACAUACGAACAAAAUUUUAAAGAACGAGAAGCUCAGAAAGAAAAACGUCAUAGUGAGUUAAUGACUCGACAAGAUGCAGCUCUAAAAAUUUUAGAAAAUAUUGCAAAUUCAUUAAUAAAUAUUAAAAAGUAAUUAUUUUGAUAAGGGUAUGUACUACAAACUUAGAGUUGGAAUUUUUAAUUCUUUUUGAAUCUGUGUGUCGACUGGCUAUAAAACUAUUUGGAAUUAAUUCCGAUCGGAAUUAUUCAAUUAUUUCCUAAAUUUCUAUUCUUUUCUAGAAAAAACGGAAUAAUCCCAAUCGAAAUCCAUUCUGAAUUCCAUAAUAUGUGCCAAGCUUAAUAUUUUAUUUUAUUAUUUUUAAAGACUGCUAAUGAUAUUUUAUUUUAAGCAAAAUUUAAGCAUAUGAAUAAUUUAAUAUAAAAAGAGUAAAAUAUUUUUAAUAAUUCUUAAUCAGCUUGUAGUAAAGAACUAUAAAUUCAAGAUAUUUUGUAGUACAAUAUAUUGCAAUUUAUGUGAUACUACUUUUAGAAUGAAACUGAUGUAAUACUACAUGUAAAAUGAAAUUUAUGUGAUACUACUUUUAAGGAAAACUCUAUUAAUUAGCUAUUACAUGUUUUGUAAAUUCCCAAAGAUUUUUUUUACAAUAAAUAAGAUUUUCAAAUAAAA